AUGACGUCCAAAGACCAGGCCGCUGGUGCCAACGCUUCGGCCGGCGAUGAUGGCUUUCCGAAACCACAGUUUCCUGGGCGCUCCGACCGACCAGGCCCGCCGAGUAUCAUCUCGUCGCGAAUGACCGAUAUUGCAUCCGACGAUGGCGGGGAAGCCGCAGCGCAGACCCUCUCCGAAAACACUGGAAGAAAAUCAGCCCUGGCCUCGGACUCCGUCUCACGCCCAGGAACCGCGAAGACGGGAAUGUCUGGACCCUGGGAGGGCCGCCGACGAGGCCCGCCUCCACGGAUGAAUUACAUCACGAGUCUCAACGAGAAGAGGGGCAGCACCGGGGCUGGUAGUGCCGCUGGCUCCAUCAGCAGUCGGCCGCCAAGCUCAGCAAGCCGCAGCCAUGUGCCGUCCCUCACGUCUUCGGCCUUCUUUCGUCCCAUGAGUUCACAGAAGCUGCAGGCCCAGCGUGGCGGUUCCCGGCCCGUAACUCGUCAACAACCUACAUUCGAGGACGCCGAGCACGAACCCGGCCAGAGUGCCGCAGCAGCCGCAGCUGUUGCCAGCGGCGGACCGAAUGCUCGACACAGCGUAAUUUCCAAUCCUGUAUUGAAUCCUGUCGCCCGUCUUCAACGGCAGCUCAGCGACGACGGCGAGAUGCGGGCGCCCCCAUCCCGCGGAACCGAGUAUACUGACCAGGGAACCUACGAUCGAAUCACUGCGAACACGAGUCCAACACAUGGCCACUAUGCCGCUGGCAGCAUGUCUGAAAGUGUUACCCCGUUGCAACGAAACCAGCGCAACAGUCGAAACCUAAGCGUCAACGUUGACAGAGGCUAUAAGGAACGGGGCAGUCAACCCAGCCCCGCCAAGUCUCCGCGGUCUUUCCGCUCCAGCUUUCUUUUGCCGGGACGGAGUGAUACGGGCCAGAACAAGUCCAACCGGAACCUGCCAGGCGGAGAAAAGCUUUCUUCAACUGCCUCGACCCCUCAGCUUAACACAGUCGACUCGUCCAGGCCUGCCGACAAGAACAAUUUGAGGAUGUCACGGUCAAAUCUUGGCUAUGUCUUCCAGUAUUUCGAGGGCAACACCGUCUUCUGCAUAGGCGGGCGGUUCCAAAACACGAAGCACAGGCCGGUCAAUGUGGCUACCGGCUUGUUCAUUGUCAUUCCGGCAGUCCUCUUCUUCGUCUUCUCCGCGCCUUGGAUAUGGUACAACAUCAGCCCCGCCAUUCCCAUUACUUUCGCGUACCUGUUCUACAUUUGCAUCUCUUCCUUCCUCCAUGCUUCCGUGUCAGAUCCCGGCAUUCUGCCUCGAAACCUUCAUGCCUUUCCUCCUGCAGAACCGACCGAGGAUCCUCUCCGACUUGGCCCGCCGACUAACGACUGGACGCUGAUAAAAUCGGCCGAGUCAUCGACGGCCGCCAUGGAAGUUCCAGUCAAGCAUUGUAGAACAUGUAAUAUUUGGCGACCUCCCCGGGCCCAUCACUGCCGCCUCUGCGAUAAUUGCAUCGAGACUCACGACCACCACUGCGUCUGGCUCAACAACUGCGUUGGACGGCGCAACUACCGCUAUUUCUUUGCCUUUGUGUCCUCGGCCACAUUCCUCUCCCUCUACCUUCUCGGCGCCUCGCUCAGCCAGAUCCUAAUUCACAUGAACCGGUCUGACAUUUCUUUCGGCAAAUCCAUCGAUGAAUUCCGUGUACCCUUUGCAAUGGUCAUUUACGGCUUCGUCGCAUUCCUGUACCCUGCCGCCCUCAUGGGCUACCACAUUUUCCUCAUGGCGCGAGGCGAAACAACCAGAGAGUACAUCAACUCCCAUAAGUUCAUCAAGGCAGAGCGCUUCCGGGCCUUUACCCAGGGAAGCAUGCUCAAGAACUGGAUUGUUGUCCUAUGCCGGCCGAGGCCUCCCACGUACUACCAAUUCAAGAAGGAGUACAACGUCGGGGACCAGCGCCUCGGUGCCUUCCGCGAUCAGCCCAAGCACGACGCCCAGGGCAUGGAGAUGCAGAACGUGAGGCCAUCAACAGGGUUUCAAGGACCCGUCUCUUUACGCAAUGAAGCAAACACAUCCACGACAUAA